UUGAUUGAGACUUUUAUUAGUAGAUUGCACAGUACAGUAGGGCUGGGCGAUAUAUCGAUAUCCCUGUAAGACCCAAAUAUAGAAAAAUAUAUAUAUAUAUAUAUUUGACCUUUCAGAUGUUGUUGUAGGAGGCAUUUGAUGCAGAAAUUGAAGAGGUAAAAAAAAAUGUUUAUUUAUGUUUUUAGAGAAAUUUUGUAAUAUUGCAACAUUGGGCUUUGAUGGGAGCAGAAUUUCUGUAUUUGUACUCACGUUGUCUGAACAACUAACUGUUCAUUUGCAGGGUUGAUUGCUUACUUAUCCCCAUAACGGUAUAUACCAUUAAUAAUAAUCACACAUUAGUUAUAUUUUCAUGAAGUCAUCUAUUACAAAUAUAAAAAAUAUGAAACAAGAUAAAACUCUUAAAAAACGCUUUUUCCCCCCUCUUUUUUUCUUUUCAUGACAUUGGUCAUGAAGACUUUCAUUGGUGGUGAAAGUCCUAAAAACAGUCCCUGUCGUCUGUAAAACAAAGGCGAACAUCACACUUUCUGCAUUGUGUGUUGGUGUAUCCUGUAUUGCAGUGUCUGCAGCAUCAUCAUCUCAUCCACAGAGUUGUGCUCCUCUGGUACCACCUGCAGGCAUUUCUCUCUGAAUUAAUCAUGCAUAGUUUGUCUUUCUUUUCCGUCUCAGAUACUGUCAUGUUGUUUACAAAAUGUAAUGACGUCAACGGGGAUUGGAAUCUGGUGCGUGGCAUCACAUCAGCAACAGGUGAUGGACCAAUGCUCAGGGUAGACAAUAGUGUCUGCCUGAGCCUAAUUAGGAAGAUGACAUCCCAGCCACAACAGCGCUACCUGGUCUUGUUCGACUUUGACGAGACCAUCAUCAAUGAGAACAGCGACGACGCCGUCCUGCAGGCGCUGCCGGACCCGCAGCUUCCCGAUUGGCUGAAAAACAGCUACCGCGAGGGCCACUACAACGAGCACAUGCAGCAGAUUUUGGCCUACAUGUCCGAGCAGGGCGUCUCCCCCGACGCUAUCCAAUUGGCGGUGGAAAAGAUCCCGCCCACUCCGGGUCUCCUCAACCUGCUUCAGUUCCUGCAGAGCCACCAGCAGGACUUUGAGCUGGCGGUGGUUUCGGACGCCAACAUGUACUUCAUCGAGACCUGGCUGAAGCAGGCGGGGGUGCGCCACCUCUUCAGGAAGAUCUUCACCAACCCGGCCAGCUUCGACGACGACGGCCGCCUCGUGCUGCUGCCUUUCCACGCACACUCGUGCCCCCAUUGCCCUGACAACAUGUGCAAGCAGGUGAUCCUGAGAGAAUACCUGACUGUCCGUCAAAAGGAGCGCGGCGGCGCCUCCUUCCAAAGGGUUUUUUACAUUGGAGACGGGGCCAAUGACAUAUGCCCCUCGCUAGUCUUGGGGCCCCGGGACACGGCCUUCCCUAGGAAGGACUUCCCCAUGCACAGGCUGCUGCUGGAGUCCCAGGGAAGCAAGUUGAAGACCAACAUGGUUCCCUGGAGCAGAGGCCAGGACGUAGUGGACUGUUUGAAGAAGAUCAUGGAGGAAAGAUGAUGACGGAGGAAAACAGCAAUAGUAACAAAAAGGUGCUCACAUAAAGUAUGUCCAUUUUAAUCACUGAAACGUAUUAUAUUACUGUUUCACUAUUAUUAUUGCUAAUGAUAAGCCAGCAACCAUAUUUACUCUCCAUUAGGCAACGAGAACUAGCUUCCAGAAUAUCGUUUUUUUUCAAAAGCAUUAAGUGCAGAAAAUCAAUUAUAAAUGGGUUAUACUUGUAUAGCGCUUUUCUACCUUCAAGGUACUCAAAGCGCUUUGACAGUAUUUCCACAUUUACCCAUUCACACUCUGAUGGCGGGAGCUGCCAUGCAAGGCGCUAACCAGCAGCCAUCAGGAGCAAGGGGUGAAGUGUCUUGCCCAAGGACACAACGGACGUGACUAGGAUGGUAGAAGGUGGGGAUUGAACCCCAGUAACCAGCAACCCUCCGAUUGCUGGCACAGCCACUCUACCAACUUCGCCACGCCAUCCCCAAUUCUAAUAUUAGUGUUUAACAGUUCAUUUGUUAGCUUGCCGGCUAAUUCCGAGUCAGACGACCUGAACAUACUGUUUUUCCCUCAUUGGAGGAAUGCUUUGAUCAAGAGUCUCACCACGGGAAAACAAUAUUUCUUCAAAAAGUAGUGAACUGCCCCUUUUUUUGCUAGUAGGCUACUUUCCGGUUUACAGACAAUGGGUUGAGGGAAUAGAUUUUAUUGCGACUCAGGCGACAAACUAUAAAAUAUACAGUAUUUUUGCAAAGAGAAGUAAGAAUAUAUGAGGCUGGUCAAAUUAGCCUUUGUCUGUCCAUUCGUUUGCUUGCAAGCUAAUUCCUGGUUUACAGACUAUGACCGGGCAGUUUGAUUUGUCUUUCUGGGGCAGAGUAGGAUUGAUUUUAUUGUGACUUGGGUGACAAAGUUAAAAACAUAUAGCCUUUAUUUUAACAGAAUGAAGAAAAAAAUAUGUGAGUGAUUAAAUUAGUAUUUGUCGGUCCGCUUACUAGCUAACAUGCUACUUCUUGGUUUAUAGACAAUGACAAAACCUAUAAUUUGUCCUUCUAGUUGGAUUGGUUUUAUUGUGAUUUAGGCAACAAAAUAGAAAAUAUACAUUAUUUAUUUUAAAAUAACUAAAUAUCAAAUUGUGACUGAUCAAAUUAGUAUUUGUCGUUUGCUAGCUAACAUGCUACUCCCAGGUUUACAGACAAUAACAAAACUUUAUUUGUCCUUCUGGGCCGGGGUGGGAUUGGUUUUAUUGUGAUUUAGGCGACAAAAUUGAAAAUAUACAGUAUUUAUUUUAACAUACUGUAACUAAAUGUCAUAUGUGACUGAACAAAUUAGUAUUUGUCCAUCCGUUUGCUAGCUAACAUGCUACUUCCUGGGUUACAGACAAUGACCGGGCAGUUUAAUUUGUCUUUCUGGGGCAGAGUAGGAUUGAUUUUAUUGUGACUUGGGUGACAAAAUUAAAAAUAUAUAGCCUUUCUUUUAACAGAAUGAAAUAAGCGGUCGAAAAUGGAUUGGGAAAAAAAAUGUGAGUGAUUAAAUUAGUAUUUGUCGGUCCUUUUACUAGCUAACAUGCUACUUCUUGGUUUAUAGACAAUGACAAAACCUAUAAUUUGUCCUUCUAGUUGGAUUGGUUUUAUUGUGAUUUAGGCAACUAAAUAGAAAAUAUACAUUAUUUUAAAAUAAGUAAAUAUCAAAUUGUGACUGAUCAAAUGAGUAUUUGUCCUUCCGUUUGCUAGCUAACAUGCUACUCCCAGGUUUACAGACAAUAACAAAACUUUAUUUGUCCUUCCGGGCCGGGGUGUGAUUGGUUUUAUUGUGAUUUAGGCGACAAAAUUGAAAAUAUACAGUAUUUAUUUUAACAUACUGUAACUAAAUGUCAUAUGUAACUGAACAAAGGAGUAUUUGUCCAUCCGUUUGCUAGCUAACAUGCUACUUCCUGGGUUACAGACAAUAACACCUUAUAAUUAGCCUUUCUGGGGUAGAGGGAGAUUGUUUUUUAUUGUAAUUUAAGUAACAAAAUAGAAAAUGUACAGCAUUUAUUUUAAUAGAAGUAAAAAAAAAACAAUCAAAUUAGUAUUUGUCCGUUUGUUUGUUAGCUAACAUGCUACUUCCUGUAAGAUGCUAGGACCUUUCUAUCGAGGGUAUGAGGUAAUCAGUUCCAGCGUGACUUAGGCCACAAAAGAGAAAAGCUAUAUACUAUUUUUUCUAACAAAAGUGGAAUACAUAAUGACACAUCUAAUUAGCCUUUGUCCAUCCGCUUGUUAGCGAGCAGGCUACUCCCGUUAACAUACCGUUUUUGUUUCUGGAGCAGUUUUACAGACACAAUCCACAAUCCAAGAAUAAUUAGCUGCUUCCUGGUUUGUGGAAAAUGACGUUAGAUGGACAAGAGCCAUACCAUUUUUUUAAAUUCUUUAAACAAAAGUGUAAACAUUUCUCAGCAAGCGGAUGAGGAACAAUUCUAGCAUGAACAAACAGCUUCUUUUUUUUUUAUCACAAAGCCACACCUACUGAUAAAAGCACCAAUAUGUAUUACUGUUGACACACAGGACAACGAGUCGUUUAUGUGAUUGUAGUGUGAUCAAGCACCUUGUAGACAAUGUCUUUAUCUCAGCAAGCUGAUCAUCAUUUAGUAUUGAAACAAAGGUGCUUUGUGAUCUGAGGACCAUUUAAACUCAGGUUCAACGUCCCUUGGUCCCGAGCUUCAAGUGCAGAUCAAAUGUUGCCUUUGAGUUCAGGUGACAGUCGCACUGAUACCUAAUCUAAAGCUAAUCGAGGACAAUACAAGUGUAAUCUACACCACACACACACACAUAAAGGCAACAUUAGUGUUUGCACUUUGGCCUCCGACUCAGACACGUGUGCAGUAUUGCUAUGAUUACUACCAGCAAUAUAUGUGUUUGAUAGCAAUAGCAAGUAUAGUACCCGGUGUCCCUAAUAAUUUGUGCCCUAGUGUUGAAUAUGUGUCCUAAUUAAUGACGAAAUUAUGUUUUUUCACUGUUUAUUUGCACAUGUGCUGCUCUAGGAGUGAUAUGUGUAAUACAAUAAGAUCAACCUGUCAAUGUGCAAUAAUGACUGCAAUAUAAUGUACAAGAGGUUUAUGGAUAAAUAAGGGAAUAUAUUUUUCAUGACUUUUAUUUGCUUUGCUUAAUUGCUUUAAUGUGAGUGCAAUGUCACGGAAAUGUGCAACAAGGAAUAUAAAGCCAUCAUGUCACCAGCCAUGUGUCUAUCUCUGCUAAUAUUGUCAAUUGUG